UCGUUUCAGGGUAAUAAUGACAUCUAUAAUUGUUCUAGUGCCAGAAACUGGACAGGUUUUGCUUCAGAAGAACGUAAAUUCAAGUAAUAUUCCCUCAAUUACCUACUUACCUAUGGGCGGGACGUUUACUUACGGUCAAAGGUUUGAUGUAAGGCUCGAAAAGUUUAAAUGUGAGCAUCACAUCACAAGCUUUCUUCCAGUUUCGGAGUUUAUCAUGAUAGUGGCUGUCCAGAAAAACGAAGUUCAAGUUGACGAAGAACAUACCUAUUACAUGAACUGUGUAAUACAGGAUUUCGCCGCCGGUAUGGUCCUUCUGAAAGGACGAAACGAACUUAGUGGGGCUGCCUUUACCUCGUAUGACAUCAAUUUACACACAAACAGAUUGCAACGAGAGUUCCAGAUGUUUACCCCAUUCUUUGAGCAACUUAUCAGAUCGUCUUCAGCUCCUAGCGUUCUUCUCAACACUUGCGAUUUCAUCCUCAGUGAAAAACGUAAAGACUUGAACGAGCUGCUCGAAGGCUUCACAGAAAGUUGUGAAUGCUUACACGCUUGCAUAAUGAUGGGAGGUAAAAUCGUUUGCGGUACGAGCGAAUGGUUUAAACUAAUUAAGAUUCCUGAAAUGCGAUUAAUUGUAUCCUUCGUUACUUCAAUUUACGAAAACACCCUGUCUUCGAUCUCAGACAUUCCGGUAUAUCUACCUUACACAAAUCCUGCAGCACCAAUUAGACUUUUGAGGGUGCAACUCAUGCAAGAUGCGAUGCUCUGCAUGUUGUGUGAAAACGACGUCAAAAUCCAGACAGUGAUAAACCAGAUUGAACAAAUUCUGGCCACAAAGAUUGAUUUAAUUCAAGGUGCUCUUCACAUAAAGGACAGAUGUUUCCCGAUUCAAAGCCAAGCAAACGCGCAUGUUCAAGCCUUCUGUUGUUAUAGCAGAACUACUCGGCUUUCUGUACUCUCAUUCAAUCCUCACACAAAUAUUGCGAGCGACUCUUCAGUUGCAGCAGGCGCCUCCAGAACCAUGGACAAGGACACUAUGCGCACAUACUUAUGCGAUUUUAUCAAGACAAAUUUCGAGAUGAUCAGAAUGAUCGAUUGUCAACCUUCAGCUACCUCACUAACAGACAACAACACACAAGGUGCUAACGCUUCAGGCGAGACGCCGACGUCUGAAGAACAAAUGGCCAAAGAAGUCGAUUCCAGCGAGGGUCCUGAAAAUGAUAUGUCGGAGCUGUACUGGGUCAAGAAGGGUUGCAAAGUGUUUUUAUUAGGCGUGACCAACUACAUAAUGAUAGUUUUGUUCAACUCGGAGACGCCCACAUACCCGAUGAGGUCUAUAUCAACGACACUCCUCGAAUCUAUCACAUCAGCAUCAGAUUUCUAGCCUUUUCCUGCAAUGUAAUAAUUUUGAAAUCUUUUAAAUAACAAAUUCAGGACAAACUGGGGUGCUCAAGUGUUCACAAGUUGAAGCAAUCAAAUAUUUACUUAUAUUUAAGUCCUUAAUUUGUUUUCGAUUCGCAUGAUUACUAAUUUUUCAGCCUUUGUGUUUAAUAUUAAUUUCAAGAAAAAAUAAUCAACUAAUAACAUG